GUAGGUAAAAGGUCAUUGUGCGCUUUCACACCAUCCAAAAUAGCUAUAAUGAGAAAAAUGCAUUAAAGUUGUAGAAUUGUGCUUCUGUAAAUUAACUCAGAAUGCAUAACGCGUGCAUUUCUUUAAGAAACCAGCAGUAGUUUGCACUGUUUGCUCUGAAUGACAUUUGUUUUGAAUGAAACAGUCAGCUGUCAGGGUAAAGAUUAACCCCACAUAUGACAAUAAACCAUCCAAAACAACACGAACACAGCAAACUAAUAACAUUUCAUAUGUCAGACGUGUUCGUGCCUAAUCAUGGAGAAUCUAUUUCAAGUGAAUUUUAAUAAGGUUGUGUUUGUGUCUUGGUACAGUAUGUGUGACAGCAGACACAGAACGAGCUUGUUAUGCAACAGAAGGAUCCCACAUGGAGUUGCACAGUCUCACAGGCACACUUUGAACAUGCGUUAUGAGAUAUAUGGCUACAAUCUUCUCAAAUUAAUGCUGCAAUAGCCCUGUAACAACUGCAAUGUAUCUUCUGAGAGCCUCUCCUUACUCUGACUCACUCAAUGAUUAGCAAUAACCUUUGAAAGCACAGGGAUAAAUAAAGAGCAGUGUACAAACCUUAACAUGCUUUAGCUUUAUAGAAGCCUUACAGUUUUCAUCUAUCUUAUUGUAUAUAAUAAAUAUUUUUUUAUAUUCUGACGUGAUUUUUUUUGCUUGCAUUUUAUGUUUGAAAUGUGCUAUAUUAAAUGUAUUAUUAUUGUUGCUGUUGUUGUUGUUAUUAAAAUUGUUUUGUCACAGUCAAAAAAAAAUUCCUUUUUUUUUUUCUCAUUUUAAAGUACAUUCCUGCAAUGUUUAUGAAGGCCAGAAUUCUGUAUUUAUUGAUUAAAACUAAAAAUAAUCUGGAGUGGUUAAAAAUGUCUGUCAGGGUUUCUCUUGUGGUUGGAGAUGGAACUGCAGAGAGUUUGUGAGACUAUGAUGGACAUGGCAGAUAGAUAGAUAGAUAGAUAGAUAGAUAGAUAGAUAGAUAGAUAGAUAGAUAGAUAGAUAGAUAGAUAGAUAGAUAGAUAGAUAGAUAGAUAGAUAGAUAGAUAGAUAGAUAGAUAGAUAGAUAGAUAGAUAGAUAGAUAGAUAGAUAGAUAACUGUAAAAUAUAGCAAUAACAUAUAACACCAUUCAAAUGUUUGGAGCCAGUAAGAUGUUUAUUUGAAAGAAAUGAAUGCUUUUAUUUAGCAGGAACACAUUAAAUUUAUCAAAAGUGUCAGUAAAGACAUUUAUAAUGUUACAAAAGAUUUCUAUUUUCAAACUAAUGCUGUUUCCAAAAACAUAUUAAGCAGCACAGCAGUUUUCAAUAUUUUUACAAUAAUAAUAGAUGUCUCUUGAGCAGCAAAUCAGCAUAUUAGCAUGAUUUCUGAAGGAUCAUGUGACACUGAAGACUGGAGUAAUGAUACUGAAAAUUCAGCUUUGCGUCACAGAAAUAAAUUACAUUUUAAAAUAUAGCCUAUUCAAAUAGAAAAUUGUUAUUUUAAAUUGUAAUAUUAUUUCACAAUAUUACUGUUUUUACUGUAUUUUUUGCAUAAGAGUCUUACCAAAAGCCAAUUUUCAGAGAGAACAUGCAAAGCUAUUGUAAAAUGCAUCAGACUUAUAUAGCAUUUACAUUUCACAUUACAUUUUUAGAGGUUAACAUGAUUUACAAAUCACACGUAAUUAAUUUAGGUCAUAGAGGUUCAUCUGAGAAAAAAAACUUGAUCAAUAUAAUAUAUAGGUGAAGAUGAUUAAUAAAUGUUUAUUUAUUUAUUUUAUUUUUUGUUUAAUGCAUGUAAAUAGCUUUUUUCACUUUUUGUUUUCACAUCUCCGAACUAUUAAAAAAUAGAGACCAAGAUCAAUUAUUUUCCUCAAAAUAUUUAAAGGUUAUCUAUAAUUUUGAUUUACCUGAUUAUCCUGGGCCACAAACAGGGGUUAUUUUAAAACUGUACAUUAUUGUACAAAAGCUAAAUAUAUCAUUGUGUAAAUUUGAAUACUUUAGAAUAGUUUCAAAUCUUUUAUUAUGGUAUUUACUGUAGGUGUAUCACAUCUUCACAGCAUCACUGUAGACCUCCUCUGCUGUCAAUCAUUAUUUUCAAUGCAUUCGCCGAACCAAAACAAGAGCGUCAUAUAUGGAACAGGUCCAAGACCAGCACAUCUCCCCCUGCACAUGCACCGUCUCAGAUCCACGUUGGCCCUUAACACAUAUGUGCAUGUGACUCGCGUGUGUCCAGGUCCGAGCGUCCAGGCCUGGAUCCAGGCGGGGAUAGUGUGGCGUUUGCACUUCUCCAGCUGUAUAGAUUUAACCCCUCCUUUGUCAGCUGGACAAUGGCAGGCCCCUCCCUCGCUGCUGAGCCGGGGCUUUUACUGGGCCCUUUGCCAGGGGAGGCUUUAAAAGGGUACAUGCACAUGCCCAGCUUUCACUCUCACAUCAGGACGUCCCAAGGGCAUCGAAGCGAGGUGAGUUCUUCUCCGCUACGGGCCCGUUGUCUGUCCCCCCACCUCCCUCAUACGUUUACACCGCCACAGGCCUCGGCUUCUAUUAGAGAGGCCUUCCUGUUUGGUCCGAUAACUCGAGAAUAACUCAAAAACAGAGCACAUAGUCAGACCGUGCUAAUGUGAAGUCUCAUUUAGUCUAAUUCAGAUGCGUGUGUGAGAGGUAUGGGAUGUUGAUUUGUCAUCACUAUUAUCUUUAGUGAAGUUUCAUAGACUAAUUCUAUGUUUAAUCUGGAACUUUGAACUGUUUGUAUCAACUUGCUCUUUGUUUUCAAGCAGACGAGAUGACUCACCAUUGCACCAAGUUCUCUGGCCAUUGGAAGAUCAUCGUGUACGACGAGGAGUGUUUCCAGGGUCGUCACCAUGAGUUCACUUCAGAGUGCUGCAAUGUCAUGGAGUUCGGUUUCGAGAGCGUGCGCUCAUUGAGAGUGGAGAGCGGAGCGUGGGUCGGCUACGAGCACGGAAAUUACCAGGGUCACCAGUUUGUGCUGGAGCGUGGCGAGUAUCCUCAGUGCGAUGCCUUUGGAGGAAGCAAUGCUUACCACAUCGAGAGAAUGACCUCUUUUAGACCCAUUUCCUGCGCUAACCACAGGGAGUGCAGAAUGACUAUCUAUGAGAGGGAGAACUAUCUGGGCCGCAAGGGAGAGCUCAGUGACGACUACCCCUCUCUUCAGGCUAUGGGAUGGUGCAACAAUGAAGUGGGCUCUAUGCGUGUUCAGUCCGGAGCGUUCGUGUGCUACCAGUUCCCUGGAUAUCGUGGAUACCAGUACAUCAUGGAGUGUGACCGCCACUGUGGGGAGUACAAAUACUUCAAGGAGUUUGGCUCCCAUUGCCAGACCCCUCAGAUCCAGUCCAUCCGCCGUAUCCAGCAGUAACAGAUUUCUCCUCGCCCCUCUCCUUGCAAAAACUCUCACGCCCCUUUCAGCCCGAUGCUAAAUAAACUGUCUUUCUUAA